ACGUAAUAAUUUGAGUGCGUCUGUUUAACACUACCGUCGGAUUACGACAACGAAUUGUCCGAUCGGGAAAUCCUUAAUCAAAUCAUGUGCCAGCUAUACAAAGAAAUGACGUCCACUCAUUGAAGUUUUUAAUGAAUUUUUGAAAUAUUUUUUUAAAGAUAUUGUGUGGAACAUUGUCAACACCCACUUUUAACAUGGAGAAGUUUGCUGUGGAUUUAGACAAGGUCUUGGAUGACUUUGAAUUACAAGAAGACCAGGCAGAACAGUUUGUUAAGAAUGCUGAAAAGUGUGACGUUUUGGAAGAAACUGAUAAAUUUCAGAAGCAGAACUCUCCUGGAUUAGUGGAUUUUACAAUAUCAGAACCGCUUGAUGAUUCAAUCAAUGGUCAACAGGAAUUUCCGCAGUGUUCAAACCUUGUGGUUUGUGAAGUCUUAGAAUCAAAAUCUACUUCACCAGACACCUCACAACCAGAACAGGCAGAAAUUGUUGAGUGUCAAACAGAAAAUGAAUUUAUUGAUGCAGAAUUGAGUGUGGUUAACCCUAAUGAACAUUCCAGUCUACAGAAUGAGUUGCUUCUUGAUUUGAGUGAAGCUCUUGAUAGUGUUCUUACUAAAGAAGAAUCUGUACAUCUCACAGUUGAAAGUUCUACCUUGCUUGAUCAAUCAUUCACAGAAGAUGUGGUCACUCAGCCAUUGUUGACUAACAUUAUCAUACAAAAUGGAGCUUUUAAUCCUCUUCAUCCAGACACUUUAACAGAUGAUGAACUUGAAAGCUAUCUUGCUGAAUUGGAAAAAGAAGAUGAAGGAGAACUAUCUCAGCCUACUAUUGAUCUUCACACUGAUGAUCAAGAGGCAAAUAAUCAUAAACCAAAUUAUUCACCCAGUACUUCUGAAGCUGAUAAAGAAAAUGCUGUUUCCAACAUUGACAUUGCAAAUGAAGAAAUAACUUCUAUUCUGCCCUUAACAGAAGAAGGAGAAAGUUUACCAUUAUCUGACAGUGAAAUUACAUCAACAGAGGAUUCAAAUGGUUCAUCAUUUAGUGAUUCUGAUUCUACUGAAGUAAACCCUCAAUUUCAAGAAGAUUCAUUGAGUGCUGAAGAAGAAAUGCCCCAAUUAAUAGAUGAUCCAUGUUUGGUGAGCAGCGAAAUUAUCAUUGAAACCAUGCCAUCUCAGAUUAUGGUGGAUACCACAAUUGAUGUCAUUGAACCUAAUCUUCCUUGUGCAGAGAGUAAUCAAGAAGUUCCUUCGUCUUGUGAAGUGAUUGAUGAAAUUUCUGAAACUGAAGAAGGUUUGCCUGCGUCUGUGGAUGUUCAAGAAGAAAGUAACGUUACGUCUGUCAUUUCGGGAUUUUCACAAGGGGAAGAUUCCCUUCUAGAGCCUUAUAGUAGCUUAACUGAAGAUGAACGAUUACUUGGAGUUCUCAAGCCUGUUUGGAUUCCCGAUGAAGAAGCUCCUCAAUGCAUGAAUUGUAGUCAGCGAUUUACAGUCAUUAGACGACGACAUCAUUGUCGUGCAUGUGGACGAGUUCUCUGCAACAAUUGCUGUUCUUCACGUGCCCGUCUUGAGUAUAUGGAGAGCACUGAAACUCGGGUGUGUUUGCCAUGUCUGCAAGUCCUAAGAAAAGUUGAAGCAUAUAAAAAGUGGGGCGGUGUAACGGAGACCCAGACUUCAACUAACACAGUGGAUAGUGGCAGUCAAAGCAGUUUUGAUUCCACACCCGCCUCUAGUCCCUCCCCACAUUUUCCUAAUCCAGUUGCCAGAGUUAAUGUCAACAAUCCAGCUGAGUACUGUUCAACCGUACCACCCGCUAUCCAAAUAGCAGCUGCUGCUGCGCUCCCAACUCCAACUGUCAUGGUUCCGGUUGGAGUCUUAAAGAAGGAAGGCACUCCAACUCAUCCACGAACGAAGAGUGAACCCAAACAGGUAAUUUUUAGCGAUGGUAUUCGUCCUGGUGGAGAUCUAGCCGAGUUGGAUGCAUGGCGCGCCCCAGCGGGUGAGGCUCAGUCUGGUAGCCAUCGGUCGGUGCCGAGACGUGCUCCAAAGAAGGUAUCUGUGAUUCCACCGACGUUGGUGCCGCAGAGCAAUACUUCUCACCCGAGUAAAAAUCAGCAGCUGAUAACACUUGUUCCAACACUACCUCCAAUUCUUAAUGGACCCGAUUCCAUCGAGCAAUUACACCAGACGCUAGUUGAUCCCAUUUCUCCUCCAGUGGUCUUUGCUAUGCAGUCUAGUCAACCCGGAGCCGAUCGGCAUCAGUUGCUGGUGCGAGUUAAGUUGCUCCAGCUUGAUUGUUGCGUGAGAAGGAAAUGUUGGUCAUUUGCUACUAGUGGAAUGCGUUGGGUGGCUCAAGAUGAGAUAGUAAUUCUAUUGGAACAAGACUCAGUCGCCACAACUGAUGAAAGCGUAGGAGAAGAACUACUACCCCCCGCCGAUAUAUUUUACCACUUGUUUUCGAUUUACGAAGAAGCUAUGAACAAGCAUCACGUCAUUAUUAACCUUGGACAUACAGUUACUCCUGGGACAUUUCUUGGUUCAACGGAACACGGUGGAUUCUUGUUCUUCCGUACAAGUUUUCAGUGUGUACAGCAGUUACUUUUACCAACUCCUCCUUAUCUUGUGGCAGUAUUACUACAACGUUGGGAGAUUCCUUGGGCUAAAGUGUUUCCAUUACGACUUUUGUUGCGGCUGGGUGCGGAGUUCCGCUAUUAUCCUUGUCCGCUAUUCAGCGUCCGCAAACGCAAAUCAGUUUUCGGCGAAGUUGGGCAUACUAUCGUCAAUCUUUUGGCUGUAAUUACUUCGUGCAAUUUCCAAAUAUUUCUAUUACUAACUGUUUGUUUUCUCUUCCCUCCAUUCCAGGACAUGAGGAACUUUAGCUACAGCUUACCGGCGGUGGCCGGCCUUGUUGUACACAUGGAAGAAAAAGAAACUAACAUUCUUUUACCGAAAUCUCGUUAUCAGCAAGUGUGUAAAGCACUAGCCCAGUCUAACGAUCAUGUCAUUUCACUUGCAGCAUCGUUCAGUCCUCAAGCAGAUGCUCAUCUCGUUUGUCUUCAAUUGGAUGAUGGAUCUUAUCAAACUCAAGCGAUUAACAUCCACACACGGCCACGAAAAGUUACUGGAGCAAGUUUCUUAGUAUUAAAUGGUGCUUUGAAAAGCUCCAGUGGUAUAAGUGGUCGCUCUUCGAUUGUUGAAGAUGGAGUUAUGGUACAACUCCUUCCAGAUAUGCUCAGUAAUCUAAAACAAGCACUAAUUCGAAUGGAGAAUUACACUAUCCAAUGCGGGAAAAUAAUCGAUGAUCAACCGGAAGAAACGGUUACACUUAAAUGGGUAGAUCAAGAACCAUCUCCUGUUAAUCUAGGAGUUCAAUCUCCUAUCGAUGGUCGAAGCUUCACUGGGAUAUCAUCGAUUCGAGUGAUGCAGCCGCGUGACUUUAAAGGCGAGGGUCAUAGACUUUUGCGUUGGACAGAACUUUUUGUUAUUCAAAUAGAGGACAGUGCACGCUCUUCCUCUAAUAGAAUUGAGGAUAAUGGAGACAUCACACGUUUCGCUGAAACUUUGGCCAAAGCUGCAUCAGUGGCUCUGGCCGCCAAACUCGCAAGCCUCGAGCCUCACACUUUGAUUGGGCUACGUGUUUCUUUGGACGGAGAUUCGGUGGAAUAUCAAGCAGGAGCCGGACAAACCUCCCUGCCGAAUGCAUGUGUCGAGGAACUGGAUUCAUCGCUAAUCCCAAUCUUACAUCGAGAAUCUUCAGGUCAAGGAGUUCCCUGUAUAGUGGAACUUUGGUUUCAAGUCGUUCAUCCGUAAAUGGCGAUUUCUUUGGCUGAUGCUGAUGCGACAGCUGUAACCGAAAUGUGAUUUGGCUUUGUAAUAUUUGUAUAACAAUGAAGUAGUGGCUUUUCUUAUUGCUGCUAUCCAAAAAUUUUGUUACUCUGUUGUUAUCACAAAGGUUCUAUAUACUGGUUGCCAUUCCCCUCUUCCUUAUCUUUUGAGAGAAAACAUUUUCCCUCGUCUAAAUACCAAUAAACUUCGGUUAGUCAUCUUA